AUGAAGUGGAGGAGAGGCGAAACGUUGGGAGUGGGGGCUUCUGGAAUGGUAUCUCUAGCACUGGUUGAUGAUCAGGCCGCCUUCGAUCACGAUUUACCUUGUGUUAUGGCCGUGAAAUCUGCCCCAUUACACGAAUCGCGCUCGAUUUGCAGAGAGAGAAGAUACCUUGAUCGGUUCGAAGGCUGUCCGCAUGUUGUACGCUGUUUCGGUUCCGAUACCACGACUGAAGAAGGAGAGAACUGGUACAACCUAUUCUUGGAGUACGCCUCCGGUGGCAGUCUAUUUGAUCGCAUUCGUAGGUCAGGCAGAGGAGGAUUACCGGAAUCUGAAGCGAGGCAAUAUACGAAAUCGAUACUCCUGGCUUUGAAUCACGUUCACAAACAAGGAUACGUCCACUGUGACAUAAAGCCUCAUAAUAUAGUGCUUGUGGAGAGUGAGAGUGAAGUAAUAAAAACUCCAUGA